AUGAGCCUGAGUCUGUCGAUCCUCGUGCAGCUGGCAUGGCACGCCACCGCGGCUCUCAUGGCCGAGUCCGCCAUCGCCUUCCUCGCCUACUCGAGCGUCUUUGGACGUGACGAGACCCCGGCGGUCGCGCUCUACAUGACUGCAGUCUGGUCAUUCAUGCUCAACGUCUACCUUGCCGUUGCGCUCCUCAUGCACGACCUCCAUGGCGCCAAGAUCAAGAUCCGGCAUCCGAGGCAAACCUUGUUGGUCGGCCUUCACGCCUUCACCGCUGCCAUCAUAUUCGUCAACAUUAUCGUGCGGUCGUUGUACGAAGCGGGUGUGUCGACAGAGGGGGAUAUGAGGCGGUGGACACUGUUCGCGGCCAUCUACAUGGAAGCUACCAUUGGUGUGUUUCAUUUCAUCCUGGCCAUGUGUGCCUGCGUGGGCUAUGGCGAGUUGCCUCGUAGCGGGCGUGGGCGGUUGGCGGGGAGAUGUCCCGAACCGGCUUCUUCUCAUGGCUACGACCCGCCUCCUUACCGAGUAUAG